GAUGUUGGACGGGAGCGAUGGAAAGAUGGCGGCGGCCAUGGUACAAAUGUCAUGUUUGUACCGGGGGAUGUUAGCGGUCAGGGCCACCGGGAUCAGGACGCUGAUCCCUGGGCUGGUCCCGUCGCAGUUCCGAGCCUUCUCAGUCCGGAAGGAGCCGGAGCUGGAGGAGAACCCGUACUACAGCAAGUACCAGGACAAGAUCCAGAAGCUGCGCAGUGCCAAACCACAGGAGUACAAAGCCCGACUAGAGAAACGGCACGAGGCCAAGAAUGAAGUGCUUGGACACUCAAAGCAGGCGGAGUUCGUCCGGCUCAUGGAGCAGGAGAUGGAGAAACGGGACAAGAUAGCAGCCGCCGAUGCCGAAUCAGGAGGUUUCACAAAGAACAAGACGCUGGGCUCCAUCCUCAACAUGGACAUGAUCAGGGACAAGACAGGCGAGGAAAUUGCAGAGCUUUGGAUGAAAUAUUAUUCGACCAAGGACACAAUCAGCGCUGUCAUCCCGACGCAGAUCUACGAUGUGAUUUUCAGCAGAUCAAAGUCCUGCCAGAUGUUUCUCUACGCUUUGCCUCAGAAGGAGGGUUAUGAGUUCUUCUUGGGUCAGUGGUCCGGACACGAGCUCCACUUCACCUCCCUCAUCAACGUCCAGAUGCUGGGCGAGAACGCACCCAGUCAGCUGAUCCUCUACCAUUACCCAGACCUGAAGGAGGAGAAAGGCGUUGUCCUCAUGACUGCUGAGAUGGACCCCAAGUUCGUAACUGUCCACCAGGCUCAGUGCUUGGCCAAUCAGGUGCAGCUAUUCUAUGGCACGCAGAGGCAGGAGACGUACCGAUUGGUCGAGGCCUUUAACCACCACCCUGCAGACUUCAAACACAUGUCUGUGAUAGCGGAGCUGGAGCAGAGCGGCUUGGGGCCAGCGGACGCACCCAGAGGCUCGUAGGGGAGACCAGAGAUGGGCCGGCGUCACCAACCAGCUCGCCUGCAGUCAGAUUUCCCAGGAACUAUGGGUCAUCAUCUAAAGUCACAAAGAGAAAUGUGCUUCUUUGCUCCGCACUUUCCACUGGGAUACACCUGUUCUUCAUACUGUAUGCAACGUUUACAGCAGCGGCUGUGAUUCAGGCAAAAGAAUUGAAAGGAGCAUCAGAAGCUUCUCAUGAACUCCGUCUUGAUCAUCUGACAUUUGCAACACAUCUGGUCAUUGAGCAUGAACUUGUAACCACAGGAGAAUAAUGUGGUAUUGAUCAGUUCUAUGAUAAAUGGAUUCCACUGUAUGCUACCCUCCAUAUUAGACUGGAGCAGAAGGACUUUGUUAGCCCAGUAGCUAUCCCUGAAAAGUCAUUACGUUGAAUAAAUCAUCUUGAAAACCCCAAA